AUGCACUGCGCGCGGGCCAUCAUCCGGCUAUGUUUCCCGCGGAACCGACUGUCGAACAAGACGACCAACCGCGGCCGAGAGUGUUGCAGCCUGGCCAAUCAGGGGCGCGGUGCAAAAGUGGGCAGCCUGUUUGGGGCUAGGGUGAAGGCAUCCGGGGGUUUACCACUCUCACCCACCAGAAGACUUCUCCGGCAGCUGUCCAGGGAUCCCCGUCCUUCUUUGAGCCGACAGCAGUUGGCCCAAGACGUACUGGAAGGGUUUAGGGAGCUCCUCCUCACUCUGCGAGGACUCCCUGCUGCUGUUCCUGCUCUCGCCUUGGAGCUCAGUGUCACCUGUAAUUAUAUAAUCCUGAAGGUGAGCCUGGCCCGGAGUUUCACUGAAGACCUUACCCAGGAUGUUCAGAGGGGCCUAGAGAGAGUGCUGGAGACCCAGGAUCAGCUCACACCCAAGUCGCAGCAGGGACUCAGGGAGCAGUGGCACUCUGUCCUCUCUGCCUCCUCCCUUCUGCCGGAGCUGCUGCCUGCCUUACACUGCCUGGCCAGCCUUCAGGCUGGCCUCUGGAUGAGUACUGACCACCUCGGGGACCUGACUUUGCUGUUACAAACCCUGAAUGGCAGCCAGACUGAGACCUCUGAGGAUCUGCUGCUACUGCUAAAGUCCUGGGGCCCUCCAGGGAAGGAGUCACAUGCCCCAUUGAUGCUGCAGGAUGCUGAGGAGUUGAGGAAUGUCCUUCUGACAGCGUUCGCCUGCCGCCAAGGCCUCCGGGAGCUAAUUACGGGAAGCCUACCCCUUGCACAGAGCAGCCUGAAGGAAGCAGCCUCAGGUCUGUGUCCACCGUCUGUGUUAGUCCAAGUGUACACAGCGCUGGGAACGUGUCUCCGCAAGAUGGGAAGUCCACAGAGAGCGCUGUUGUGUUUGACGGAAGCCCUGAAAGUGGGGACAACCUGUGCCCUUCCGCUCCUGGAGGCUUCUAGAGUGUACCGGCACCUAGGAGACACAGCGGCAGAGCUGGAGAGUCUGGGGCUACUGGUUGAGGCCUUGAGUGCCACCCAUAGUUCUAAAGCACUCAAACUUCUCAUUGAGGUAGAAUUUCUACUUCCACAACCAGACCCGGCCUCUCCUCUUCAUCAUGGCACACAGAGCCAGGCCAAGCACCUGUUAGCAAGUCGAUGCCUACAGACAGGGAGGGCGGCAGAUGCUGCGGAGCAUUACCUGGACUUGCUGGCUAUGUUGCUGGGUGGCUCAGAGCCAAGGUUCGCCCCACCCACCCCCUCUCCAGGGCCCUGUGUGCCAGAGCUGUGUCUGGAGGCCGCAGCAGCACUGGUUCAGGCAGGCCGAGCCUUGGAUGCUUUGACUGUGUGCGAGGAGCUGCUCAGCCGCACCUCAGCUCUGCUUCCCAAGAUGCCCUCCUUGUGGGAAAAUGCCAGAAGAAGAACCAAAGAACUGCCGUACUGCCCGAUCUGGGUCUCUGCCACCCACCUGCUUCAGGGCCAAGCCUGGUCACAGCUAAAGGCUCGAAAAGAAGCACUUAGUGAAUUCAGUCAGUGCCUUGAGCUGCUCUUUCGGGCCCUGCCCAAGGACAAAGAACAAGGCUCCAGCUGUGAGCAGAAAUGCAGCUCUGAGGUGACACUGAAACAGCUUCGAGUUGCUGCUCUGAUUAGUCGUGGGCUGGAAUGGGUAGCUGCUGGCCAGGAUACCAAAGCCUUAAGUGACUUCCUCCUCAGUGUGCAGAUAUGCCCAGGCAGUAGAGAUGGCUCCUUUUACCUGCUUCAGACGCUCAAAAGAUUGGACCGGCAGAAUGAGGCCGCUGCUUUCUGGCGAGAGGCCCAAACUCAACCUCCGCAGGAAGAAGCUGCCCGGUCUCUUCCACUGUAUUUAGAAACUUGUUUGAGCUGGAUCCAUUCCCCUAACUGCAACGACUUCCUUGAGGAGUUUGAGACAUCAGUGUUGGAGUCCUGUGACCUAUAGCUUCCAGGAGCUUGAACUGUGGCCUCUGUGG